UUCCUGCACUACAACUUGCGCUAUCCCGUCGCCGUUUUUGAACAGCGACACAGCGGAAACCUACAUCUAAACUAAGGAUGCCGAAGGGUGGUAAAAACAGGAGACGUGGAAAGAAUGAGAACGACGAUGACAAGCGUGAACUGGUCUUCAGGGAGGAUGGCCAAGAGUACGCUCAAGUAACCAAGAUGCUCGGAAACGGACGGCUUGAGGCUCAAUGUUUCGACGGGGAGAAGCGGUUAGCUCACAUUCGAGGAAAGAUGAGGAAAAAGGUCUGGAUUAAUCAGGGCGACAUUGUGCUGCUCUCUCUGCGGGAUUUCCAAGAUGACAAGGCGGAUGUUAUCGUGAAGUAUACAGCUGACGAGGCCCGUAAUCUGAAAGCGUAUGGAGAGCUACCCGAAAACGCCAAAAUUAACGAGACAGAUACCUUUGGCGAGGAAGACGGAGAAUGUACAUUCGAGUUUGGAGACGAAGGAGAAGUUGACAUCGACGAUAUCUAAAAUCUACCAGGCAUUACUUGCCCCGACGAGUGUACGAGCAUUUUCAACGGUUUUCUUUAUCAUCACCUUUCCUGUUGUCUUACUAUAGCUGUAUUGACGAUUUUCUGCCAUCCAUCAUGCAUCAUGUCUUGUACCUGCACCAACGUCGUUUGAUUACAUCUCCUUGACCUUCAUGCGUCUGAAUACAAGGGAGAUGAUAUUUGGAGGCAAAUAAGGCCUCGUAUCCUA